AUGUUUUCUCCGUCCCGAUCAAACGUCACGGCCGCUUCUACACGCUUGUCUUUCCACCCUUCCUUCGCCCCCGGGAUAUGUCUAGGCCGCAGAAUCACAUAUAACCGAUCAUCGCAACAGCUACCAACAUCCAAGCCCUACCUCCAGUCACGAUCUGUCUUCUCCAACAGAUCGGCGUCAGCCGUAGCCUCCAACUUCCUCUCCCGCUUCCAAUCCCUCGGUCCCCAAACUCGUACCCAAACCCUCGAUGCCAAUCAACUUCAGCUGCUCUCUCUCACGCUAAACCGCAACUCGAUAUAUCCAGGCAACCCCUCCAUAUCCAACUCCGCACCCCCAGAAGCCGGAACCCCCAUCCCCCCCGGACACCAUCUCGUAUACUUCAGCCCGGCAUUUUUGGAAGGUGAGCUGGGAGCUGACGGCACCGACGUGUCAUAUAACCCCGAUGCUCCGUUUACGAGACGCAUGUGGGCUGGCGGUGAGGUGCGGUGGCCGCGUGGCGUGGAUGGGAAGGUGAAUUUGUUGAGGGUUGGUCAGGAGGUGCGGGAGACGACCCGGAUGUUGACUGCUGAGGCAAAGGUUGUGAGGAAGACCGGGGAGGAGAUGGUGGUUGUUGGUGUGGAGAAGGUUUUUGAGAAUGAAAAGGGCGUUGCGAUUGUGGAUAGACGAAACUGGGUAUUCCGAGAAGCUCUCAAGAUGCCAUCGUCAACCUCAACUCCUCGAACAGUCGACAACGCCCCACCCGCCAUCUCCUUUAACCGCCCAUCAACAGUACCACCAACUUUCUCAACCUCCACACAAGACAACAUCACCACCCACACCCGCACCCUCCGCCAAUCAGCAGUAACUCUCUUCCGCUUCUCAGCACUGACAUUCAACGGCCAUAAAAUCCACUACUCACUCCCCUGGGCUCAAACCGUCGAGGGACACCGCGGUCUGGUCGUACAUGGCCCGCUCAAUUUGAUUUGCAUGUUAGACCUGUGGCGGGAUGUGCAUGGUGCACAGAAGCGGGAUUCAACCUGUGGCAAUGGCAACGACAAGCUAGCAGACGCCGAAGAGGUUCUUGUUCCUGAGUGUAUUGAGUACAGGGCGACCAGCCCGCUGUAUGCGGAGGAGGAGUAUAGGAUUGUGCUGGAGGAAGGGGAAGGGAGAGGUGGGAAGGUGAAUAUUUAUGGUCCUAGUGGGGUUGUGUCAAUGAAGGCAGAUAUUGUUGCAUAG